GGAAAGGAGCGAGUAGAAACAAACUGGAAUAAGACUUUUUGACCCCCGAAAAAUACCUAGCCCCAUUUUUUUUAAAUGAGACCCCAAAAAGGGAAAAUCCCUUUUUAGAAUCAUUGACAUAUUCAACCAUAUUAUUUUAGACUAGUCCAAUUUCAUUUUGGACUGGUUUGGUUUCAUUUUGGACUAGUCCAUUUUUAUUUUGGAUUAACAUUCAUUUUCGACUACAACAGAUACAAUUCGCCAAUGAGGAAGUUGAGAUCUGAGAUGCUGGCAGAGUUUAAGUAUUUUCUGAGGGAUCCAACUGACAAGGGGAAGGACAGAGUAAAAUCAACACCAUCAAGCAAUGUAAUGGAAGCAAAUACUGACUCUUUUCUGAGGCAAUGGGAAAGUGUUGAGUAUGAAGGUGAACAGAUUGUUCCGGAGAAAGGUAUAGCUGAGAUUAACAAAUUGCUGGCUCAUAUCAGAAAAGGUUGCUUAUCUGGCAUUCCUCCUUCAGGUGGCACCAAUCGUAAUGAAGGUAUACACAGAGUACUCAACAAAACACUGAAAAGAUCGAGACUUGGCCUACAGUAUGCUUUGGCAUUGCUUGCGGUGUUUUUCUAUAUUUGGAAUGAGGAGAAACUGUCUAUGACAAACAAAAAGAGAAAGAUCAGGGUUACUCCCCCAGUUGAAACACACUUUAAUGAUACAACAUAUUGCAAUGGAACAGAACAUCAUGCAAUUUACAACCAAUAUUUGAGGGAUGUUCUUUCAAUUGAGGAUGCAGCUUUGUGAUGUGUUGAAGAUGUGUUAAAUAGACUGCAGGAAUCCUAUAAUACAAAUUGUGAUAACCUUUCAGAAGAUGAAGAAUUAGAUAGAAGUGAAGAUGUCAAAGAUUUUUGAGGAGCAUGAAUUCAGUGUCGGUGAUGCUGGGAAGGAGUUUAUUUGUGCUACAUCGAAGGCAUAUGAAGAAUUAAUAAGAAAUGUUGUUGAUCAGUCUCAGGGGAGUUAUGGAAAGCUCAAACCAAGCAUUGCUAUGUUUGAGAGUAGCAUGUUGGGUCUAGUCAGUUCCAGUUUGCCUGGUAAAUAUAACUCCUCAGCUCUAGAUGAUAUACUUGCAAACUUUGCAAUGACUAGAGACCCAGUCCCUGGUAUUGGAAAUUGUUUCUACAAUACAGUGUCGCAUGGCCUUAUCACGACAGUCUUCCCAAAUAUAACUUCCUCGUCUGAUAUUGGGAAGCACCUGUCUUCUCUAGGGUUACAUGGUGAACAAGGCAUGUACGAUAUGGCAUUCAAGUUGAGGUUACUCAAUGUUAAUGAGUGGCUAAAUGACCUAGAACCAUACAGGCUAUUUCUGCUAAACGGAGAAUCGCUAGAAGAUCAAGCAAAUGCCUUUUUAAAUGAUGGAUAUUUCAAUGCAGCUAUUGGAAAUAUCAUGGUUCCAGGAAUGGCAAAUAUUUUGAAAAUGCCAAUAGUGUUAUUGUCCCAAAUGCAAAAUUUCCCUGUGGUCCCUGUUUCACCAACUAAAGGUACAGUGAUAAGUACACCACUCUAUCUAGCCUUCGACCAAUCUGGUCUUGGCCAUUAUGAUGCUAUUGCUAUGCGGUCUGAACAACCUGAGACAGAUGAAAGCAAGUUUGACAAUUCUGCAUCGCAAAAGGCCAAUGGGGCCAAUAGUGCUGGGAGCUGCAGAUGCGGCCAAGGAGCUAAGAAAAAGGAGAAGGAUUUAAGGUCAUGUCACAGCUUUAAAUCAAGGUGCAAAUGCUUUCAGAGUGUUAAGCGGUAUUCUGACUGUGACUGUUUAGGUUGCGAGAACCCUUAUGGGAAAAAAAUGCAAAGGGACCAUUCCAAGGUCACGCUUACAAGAAAAAGAAUGGCAACAAGGAUGACAACCGAAAUGGUGGCAGGAAAGAAGUUUGCACAAAAACUUGAUGGCACGGGCAAUAUUGCUCAUGGCUGGACCUUGUUUGAGGAACUAAUAGUUAUCCAGAUCCUCCAAAUGCAGCUGGCAAAGGGAGGUAUAGAUAUUGAUUGCAUUUAUCAACACUUCUUACAACUGGUGAGUUGUAAUGUUAAUCCUAAAUCUAUUGCACAAAUAUCAAGUAAAGUGAUGUCACUUAUCAGUGAUGAUAGAGUUUUUAGAACUAAACUGAAAGAACAGGCCCGCAUGAAUUGGUUUGGUCAUUAGAUCUAGCAAAUUUGUGUAUAAUUGUGAACAUUUGAUAAUGUCUGUCAAACUAUGCAGGAACACUGCCAGAUUUAUGUUAUUAGUAUAAUAUAUGGAGGCAAGCCACAAUCAGAUCCAUUUAGCAAAAAUAACAUGUAUAAGCUUACAAUACAUGUAUAUCCUGUAUAUGCUUUUUAUGUUUAAUUUAAUAGGGAUGUUCAAAUUUCAGUUACUGUUCUUUAUUGUAACAAACUAAAUUUCUAGUCUAAAUUGAAUAAUGUAAGUCUUCUGAUUAUAUUAUUAUUACCAGAACAUAUUUUGACAUUCCAUUAACUUGGUUAAUAUGUGUUAAAUGCAAGUUACAGUUUAUUAUUACAUUGAUUUCAAAAAAGGCAAGUUACAAGUUUUUGCUUAGUCUAUUAAAGAUACCUAGUGCCAACAAAUGUUGUUCUAAGGCAUUUUCUGAAAAGAGAAUAAAAGGUGGUAGUUUAAGAAUAUGGACUAGCUUUGAUUCCCUGAUGAACAUAGACUUUGUGUUUCCACCUCGAUUGGUCAAAGCGACUAUUGAAAUUGGAUGAGCUAAUCGUAACAGUGAAACUGGACCACUGGACUUAGCACCGAAUUCUUGAAAUGGCUUCCCAGUCGCACGUAACAUCCGCAUCACGUCGGGUACGAAAUUUUAUACCCGAUAAAACACUGCUACUACUGCUCGUGUUUUAAAUAGUACAUCGAUACUAAGUGAAGGAAAAUUUCUUGCUGAACAUUCUAUUUAUUGUGUAUGAGCCUUACAAACGGAAGCCAUCAGCGGAAAAUAAAGAAAACCACGGAUUAUGCCUGGCACAACGCAAAAGCGAUAAUUGCUGAUAAGAGUUGCCGCAGAGUGGUCGCUGUCCUGGGAAAUCUUUACAUAAAAUCUACAGUAGAUAUCUUAAAGCGCAGCUGAAAAUAUCUGUAAUUUGGGCCGUGUCGCGUAUUGUCCCGAAAUAAACAUAAUCAUUCCACCA